CCCGGUUGUACAAACGGAGUUAAUCCUGAGUUCACGAUGAUCUUAGGAUCAACGGGUAAAAGACGUUGUACGUUAUGGGUUCAGGUGCUGAUCGACGAUUGAUCUUGAACGUCCGAAUUUGGGCGUUCGAGGCCAGUUCAAGUCGUUUUAAAUGAUUAUUAUUGGGUUUGCUGAUAUUACGGACGACGAAGAUUUUUUGGAAUUGGUUCAUCAUGUUGUACAUCCUCGAGCCCCACAAGUCUACAGAGAACGACCAGAUCAUUUCAACAUUUGGAAUGAUACAGAAUUUAAAGCAAGAUUUAGGUUGGAGAAACAAGUUGUUAGAUUUAUAAUAGAUGAAUUAUCUGAACAAAUCUCAUCUGUUACAGACAGAAACCAAGCAGUAACCCCUACAGAAAUGGUAUGCACUGCUUUGCGUUUUUUAGCCAUUGGGAGUUUUUUACAAGUUGUUGGAGAUUUCGGGGGCAUCCAUAAAUCAACAGCCAGCCGAAAAAUAUAUAUGGUUGUAGAAGCAAUUGCUCAGUUGGCACAACACUUUGUAAGAAUGCCAAGAACUGAAGCUGAAGUAACUAAUGUUAGAAAAGGAUUCUUUAAUAUUGCUAAAUUACCAAGAUGUGUUGGCGCUUUGGACUGCACUCACGUAAAAAUUCAGUCGCCUGGGGGGAUAGAUGCUGAAAGUUACAGAAACAGAAAAGGAUUUUUUUCAUAUAAUGUUCAGGCUAUUUGCAGCUCUGAUCUCAAAUUUCAGGACAUAGUGUGUCGCUGGCCAGGCUCUGCCCAUGAUUCCAACAUAUUUAGGAAUAGCAGAGUCAGAAAUGACUUUGAAAAUGGAGUGUAUGGUGACAACUUACUUGUAGCUGAUAGUGGUUAUACAAUAAAACCAUACGUUAUAACACCUCUAUUAAAUCCUCAUACACGAGCAGAACAUCUAUUUAAUGAGGCACAAAUACGAACAAGGAAUCCUAUUGAGAGAUCGUUUGGAGUUUUAAAAAGGCGAUUCCCGAUACUUUCUUUAGGAAUACGCUUGAAGCAGGAAAAGGUAGAGGCUGUUGUUAUGUCUACAGUGGUCCUUCACAAUAUAGCAUUAUCAAUGGGAGAUGUGGAGCCUCCAGAAAUCAAUGAAGAAAUUGCAGCUGCAAUAGAACUGACAAAUAAUGUCAAUAAUGACAUGGUUGGACAUGUACAAAGAGGAAUCAACAAUAGUGUUCGUUACACAUUAAUAAAUACCUACUUUCAAAAUUUGUUGUAGAUAUUUUCUAAAAAAUGCUAUAUAGGAAUGUACAAAUAUAAAAUUUAUCCGGUGGUAGAUUACCAAAAAUAAACAUCAUUGAAAAUACAAAUCUUUAUUGAGAACAAAAUAAGCUUAAUUAAUUAAUUAAAUCUUGCUCCUAAACAGAAAAUCUGAAAAAAAAUAUUUUUUAAUUGUUUUUAUAUUUACUCAGUUUGAAGGUUAUGCUGUUGGUUUUUUCUUCUUUUUUCUUUGUAAACUCUAGUUCAUGAAAACGGGAACUGGAACAACACUUGAGACUCUGAACUACGUUCAACGGUGAACUAUAGAUCACUGCAGUUCAAGAAAACUUCUGUUGAACCAGUCGUUGUACAACC